GUACGCGCAACGUUACAUUAACAUUCGUGUCGAGAUCGAAGCUUCGCACCAGCUUCAGUCAGUCCUCUUCUUCACGGACGCACGGUGCCACCAUCCUGAAAACAGUUUCGAUCUCCGUUUCGAUCGAAAAUUUGUUUGAAAGUUUCUUCUCGAUCGCCUUUACCUUAACUAAAACGCGAGUGUCCCCAAACAGAUGUCGAUUCGGGUGUCCUUCGACUUGGCAAAGUAUAAAGUAUAAAAUAAAAGAAAUGUAAAAUCGCAGGGAAACUAGGGGUACAGUGAGUUAAGGGCAAAGAUUCGAUCUUGCGCGGUGAAACGCGCGAUACGCGAAUGCGAUUUAUGACUGCGCAAUGUGGUACGAUGAAGUAGAAUAGGUAGAUCAACUGGACUGAGAAGAAGGGGUCGACUUGCUUUCAGACAAGAUGAGGAGCGCGAGUAGUUUGGAUCAGUAUAACGACGACGACUUCUUCAGCGGUGGGCCUUGUCCUUCUUGUCGGUUAGCCAUUAACAAGGAGACUGGUCGACUAAAGUUCGUGGUGCAUGGGCGGAAACGACACUUGGCGCUUCCGAGUGAAACUGAUGCUCUUGAUUCCAGCCGUGUUACUGCCGAUCACUAUAAUCUUCAUCGCUCUGUCGCGGUCGCAGGUGAUCGGCAAGGCUCCUUAUCAUCGUACGUAUUUGGUCCAGACAAGGAGGCAGGACGAGAGGACCGAGGAGAGUUUUCCGCCAGCGACCAGCCGCAGCGAGACAGAGAGGGCCGGUGAAGAAGAGGAAGAAGACAAAAUCCUAGCACCUGGAAUGAAAACAAGCUACGUGCCAGUGGAGACUCUACUUUCGUCAAGGCAGCUACAACGACACAAGAGAGACCUAGACGCGGAUCAACCGAUAGACUACAAAGUUGAGAAAGCAGACGAUCAAAAUUCCGACGAAGACAUCUACAACUUCCUGGACGAUUAUUACACCGAGGUGGACGCCGAUGAGGUCAAGGAAAACUCUGAAAUACAAAGCAACGACUAUCGAGAGUACGGCGAGCAUACGCACGACGCGCGUAAGAACGAAGAACUGCGCUCCAAGUUCUUCACGUACGACAAUAUCGAAGAGCGUUCUCAGGACGAAUCAGACGAGGGUGAACAAGGUGGUAGACACUCGAUUUCCAUCGACGAUUCGGACACCAGUCUGCCAAUCGUCGACGACCAAAACGACGACGACACUGGCACGGAUUUCCACGCGUUUUGGAAAGGCGAGGGAAACGCGUGGGCCAUCAGAGAAGCUCAAGCAAAAAUCAUGCUGAAGUACAUGGACAGGAGCGCUGAUCCUUGCGAGGACUUUUAUCAGUUUGCCUGUGGCAAUUGGGCGAAACAUAAUCCUAUCCCUAAAGACAAAGCUGCCUACGAUACCUUCGAAAUGAUCAGAGAAUCGUUGGACUCUGUGUUGAAAGAGCUUCUCGAAGAUCCUAUACCGAAAGGAUUGCAAUUGUACACGGAUGACGCGACGCUCAAGGCUAAAUAUUUGUAUCGCAGUUGCAUGAACUACGAGAUCUUGGAGCAACGCAUGGAACGGCCGCUUAUACAGCUUCUAGAUGAACUUGGUGGAUGGCCCAUAUUGAGACCAAAUUGGGAUCCGGAAAAGUUCGAUUGGCUCCUCUUGGUUGCACAAUUGAGGCUUUAUAAUAAUGACAUUCUCAUUUCGGAAUGGGUGGCGCCGGACAUUAAAAACAGCGACCAGUACGUUAUACAGUUCGAUCAGACAUCAUUGGGUCUACCUACAAGAGACUACUUUCUCCAGCCAUCGAAUACCAUUUACUUAAAAGCUUACAAAAAUUAUUUAAUAAAAAUUUCCACUCUCUUGGGCGCAUCUUUGCAAAACGCUACUAUAGACGCUGACGAAUUGAUAGAAUUCGAAACUAAGCUCGCCAAGAUCACGUCUUCCCCUGACGAGCGAAGAAACGUUUCAGAGUUAUAUCAAAGAAUGAGCAUCGGAGAAUUAAGGACACUGGUGCCACAAAUUAACUGGCAUCGAUAUUUAACGAUCGUUCUGGCACGACCAACGAAUGUCUCCGAGCCGGUCGUUGUCUAUGCGUUGCAGUAUAUUCAAGAUUUGGUGAAUUUGCUCUCGAAAACUAGUCCACGGACUAUCGCGAAUUAUCUUCUAUGGCGGUUCGUCAGGCACAGAGUAAACAAUCUGGACGAUCGAUUUCAGGAAGCUAAGCAAAAAUUUUAUUAUAUUCUGUUUGGAAGGGAACAAGCACCGUCCAGAUGGAAAAAUUGUGUGGCACAAGUGAACUCUAACAUGGGCAUGGCUGUGGGCUCCAUGUUCGUGAAAAAAUAUUUCGACGAAAAAAGCAAAAACGAUACAUUGGCCAUGACUCGUGAUAUACAACGGUCCUUCAGAGAACUCCUAAAUCAAACUACUUGGAUCGAUGACGAAACAAAAGAACUGGCCACCGAGAAGGUAAACGCAAUGCUGUUAAGGAUCGGCUAUCCUGAUUUCAUUCUACAGUCUGAGUUGUUGAACGAACGUUACAAAGAUGUCGUGAUCCGUCCAGAUAAGUACUUCGAGAACACGUUGAACAUCUUGCAACAUUUGACCAGGGUAGAACAGGAUCGACUUGGCAGCCCUGUCAAUAAGACCCUGUGGAACACUGCGCCUGCAGUGGUCAAUGCUUACUAUAGUCGCAGCAAAAAUAGGAUAAUGUUUCCAGCUGGAAUACUACAGCCGCCCUUUUAUCACAGAUACUUUCCACGGAGUUUAAAUUACGGUGGGAUCGGCGUUGUGAUUGGCCAUGAGAUCACCCACGGCUUCGACGAUAAAGGUCGAUUAUUCGAUAAGGAUGGUAAUCUACAUAGAUGGUGGAAAGACGAGGCUAUUUAUGGCUUUCACGAACGAGCUCAAUGCCUUAUCGACCAGUACAGUCACUAUAUCGUGAGCGAAGUUGGAAUGCAGAUUGAUGGAAUGAAUACCCAGGGCGAGAAUAUCGCGGAUAACGGCGGUAUUAAACAAGCUUUUCGAGCUUACGAAAGGUGGUUACGCGCAAACGGCGACGCUGACGAAACUCUGCCAGGUUUAAACGCGACUGGAAAGCAAUUGUUCUUUCUGAACUUCGCGCAAGUGUGGUGCGGCUCGAUGAGACCGGAAGCUACCAGGAAUAAGUUGAAGACCGCCGUCCAUUCACCUGGCAAGUUUCGCGUAAUCGGCACCUUAUCGAAUUCGGAGGAUUUCGCAGAAGUAUUUUAUUGCCCGCUGGGUGCACCUAUGAAUCCAGUUAACAAAUGCUCCGUUUGGUGACCAAUGGUGUGCUUAUCUGUUUCUACCAAACUCAUCAUCGCAUCGAUCGUUGAUCGAAUAAAUUAAUCAGAGCUACGUGAUCAAGAAAAAAAGAAGAAGAUUGUUCGUUGCUCGAUUGUGUGAAGCAAACGAAGUUUAGACUGUGUAGGUGUAAUCGUUGAAAUUAGUCUUUACGUUCCAGAGACUAUUGCCAGAUUCGCGUUAAGAUUUUAACGAAACUAUAGUUCCAUGCUUUCGAUGAUAGCUGAUGCUGUAGAGUAUACACAAUUUAUGUUGAAAUUACUAGGAAAUCAAGAAUAGGAUGAAGGAAACGAUGAACCGGAGUAAUUGUAAGUUCUCGUUUAACGAUUUACGGGCAUGCAACGUAAUCGAUCAUGGAUACGAGCCGUACUAACAAAAUAGGUUGUGUAACAAUAAAUAAGGGAAUAGUAUCGCUUCCGUGUGAUACUACGACUUGAUGAUCCAAGUGUAUAUCGCACAAGGGAAGUAUCUUGUAGAUGUUUCAAACUGCUGCGCUGUUUAGAGAUGUGUUAAGAAUGAAAUUGUAAGACAAAUACCAAAGACAAUAAUAAUUUCAGACAGUCAUAAAAAUC